CUGCUCUGGGCAACUGGUGCUGAGGUGCCCUGUUUUAAAUUUACUAGUUGUUUUAUUUCCUUAUGGAAAAAGACAGUUUCCAGAAGUCAGAAUUAGAGAAAAGUAGAUCUUCCAAAAGAACUAUUCCCAAAAGAAUUAUCCAUUUCGUUGAUGGAGACAUCAUGGAAGAAUAUAGCACAGAGGAGGAGGAAGAGGAAGAAAAAAGGGAACAGAAAACAAAUUCAACACAUGACCCUUCUAAACUUUCAUGGCGGUCAUACCUAUGGUUUUGGGCAGGGCAAAUAGCAAGCAACUCAUUUUCAACAUGUGAAUUUCUUGGUGGAAGAUUUGCUACCUUCUUUGGUCUUACUCAACCUAAAUAUCAGUACGUGUUAAAUGAGUACCAUAGGACACAAAAUAAGGAAAGUGACAAGGAAAGUAAAGGGAAUGGAUCAAAGGCCCAGCCAGCCAAGGUUCCUAAUGAAAAGUGUCAUCUGGAAGCUGGGGGCCAAGAGUAUGGAACGAGACAACAGGAGACUGCAGAGAGUGCUCCUCAGUGGAGCACCUCAUCCAGGGAAGCAGCCGAUUUCAGCUCAUAAUGGGCAGCAGGACUGUGGUUCCUCUGGCAGUCUGUUCCUCCACCACUGAUGACCCUGGCAGCAGCCAUAGGUAGUGCUGCUGAGCCAGACCUGAUCUUCAUCUCCUUGUCAUUUAUUCUCUAGCAUCCAGUGAUUAUGAAGCAGUGAUGAGAAUAAUUAUGGAUGCUUUUUUAAUUUUAUAAGCCUCAACUCAAUUCCCCCCCCCCCACCUCUUCCCUGGUUGUGAUCUAUUAGUAUUGACACUUGCACAGAAGUGUAAAUGCCUUAAGGAACUUGGAUCUGAUAGUUUUGGGGCUGAAAUGCUUCAUCAUGGGGGUAGGGUGCAGAAAAGUAUCUCUGUUCCUUAGAAGAAACUUUGGGCAUCACAAAGUCUAAGUAAGUCACCUUUCAAGGUUUGAUGUAAGGUGGGUGCUUCCCAGUAGCCACCCUGGUUUAGUUGGGGCUUGUUUUACACUAAGCAAACAUUGCUAGUAAUUCUGUUUCAAUACAUCAAAGUUUUUGAGAAAUGGGUGCAUUUCUCUCCACACAAUUAAAAAAAAAUAAUAAUAGCAAUCUAAACUCUAGAAAAAGCAUUUGGAAAAAUGGAUGUUUAUUUGUCAGCAAAAUUUCAAAACCUGGUAAGAUCAAAUACAGAAAUCAUAGCUAGAUAUCACUGGUCGAGCUGGCCAGAGGUAGCUGUGAUAUGAUGGAAAACAUAGGACUUGUAGUAAUAAGACCUGAGGUCAAGUCUUAAUUCUCCCAUUUACUAGCUGUGUGAUUUUAGUCGAUUUCUGAGCCCUAGUCCCU